AUGGCCUCAGUGUUUCGUGACUUCCUGCUGGUUCUUGUCUUGUUGGAUACACAAGCAGCCCAGCCUUUCUGUCUGCGAGGAUGCACCUGCUCAGAGGAGAGUUUUGGCAGGACUCUGCAGUGCAUCUCUGUCUCUUUGAGUGAGCUCCCAGGGAACCUUCCUGAAGAGUUCAAGCGAGUGAGAAUUGAAAACUCCCCCUUAUUUGAAUUGCCCCGAGGGUCUUUCAUUAACAUGAGCACCUUGGAGUACCUUUGGCUCAACUUUAACAAUGUCACUGUGAUCCACCUAGGAGCCCUGGAGCACCUGCCACAACUGAGGGAGCUGAGACUGGAGGGGAACAAGCUCCGGUCAGUACCAUGGACAGUGUUCCGUGCCACCCCUCUCCUGCGUGUCCUGGAUCUCAAACACAACAGGAUUGAUGUACUCCCUGAGCUAGCCUUUCAGUUCUUGGUCAACCUGACCUAUCUUGACCUAUCCUCCAAUAGGCUUACAGUGGUAUCCAAGAGUGUCUUCUUGAACUGGCCAGCCUACCAGAAAUGCCGACAGCCUGGGUACACAGGUGAGGUUCUCUCCAGCAUGGUGCUGGCACUGCAUGACAACCCCUGGAUUUGUGACUGUCGCCUUAGGGGACUUGUCCAGUUCUUCAGGUCUAUUAGCCUCCCAUUCAUCCUGGUGAAUUCAUACAUGAUAUGCCAGGGCCCUCUCUCCAAGGCAGGACAGCUUUUUCACGAAAUUGAGCUCAGUGUUUGCAUGAAGCCACGGAUCUCAACUUCUAGAGUCAAAGUCACCAUCCAGGUGGGACAGAAUGUGACCCUGAGAUGCUUGGCGCAGGCCCGGCCCUCACCCACCAUUGCAUGGACUUACCCUCUGAGCAUGUGGAGAGAAUUUGAUGUGGUGACCUCUUCUCCUGCAGAAGAUGCUGCUCUGUCAGAGCUGACCAUCCCUGCUGCCCACAUUGUAGACAGUGGUAACUACACUUGCCUGGCCUCCAACUCCAUGGGCAGGAGCACCCUCAUCAUCUCCCUCCAGGUCCUGCCUCCCCGGGCCCUGCCUGCACCCCUCUCUCCUUCUAGCCCCUUGGAGGGCAAUGCCUACGUGGACCUGCGGGUCCUCAAGCAGACAGCGCAUGGGAUCCUGCUGCAAUGGCUUGCGGUGGCUGACAGCUCUGAGGAGGAGUGGUUCACCCUCUACAUCGCGUCGGAUGAAGCUCUCUGGAAGGAAGUCGUCCACAUCGGCCCUGGAAUCAACACGUAUGCCGUGGAGGACCUCCUCCCUGGCACAAAGUAUGAGGCAUGCAUCAGCCUGGGCAGCCAGCCCCCGCACCAGGGCCGGUGUGUGGUCUUUGUCACCGGGAGAGACAGCGGCGGGCUGGAGGGUCGCGAGCGCCUCCUGCAUAUCACAGUGGUCCUGUGUGUUGUGUUGCUGGCGGUGCCUGUGGGCCUCUAUGCCUGGGCAGCCCAGGGCUUGUGCAGCUGCCGGGAGUGGGGCCUGUACUGCUGUCCUCGCCACAGGAAAGUCCCCAGGUGCCCCCCUGCAGCCCCACAAUGCGGGGACAGCUCCUUCCAAGACCAUUCAGUCAUCUGCGAGGACCCUGAGGGCCACAGAGACACUGAGGUGGAUGAGGAGAGAAAAGAAGGAGACAGCGGCUGA